GUCUUGUUCAGCUAGUGCGUGUAUGUGUGUGUGUAAGCGUCGACUGAUCAAGCCCUUGAUGGCCAAGAAAUCUCAAUUGUCAACAGGACCAACCAUGAAACCCUCAAAAGUUCAAUUAUUCCCAACAGCCACUCUAAGAACCACUCAUUCACCCCCUUGAUCAUGGAGUGAGAAAUGUUGAGCUUAGAAGAAUCUCAUAUACCCUCUAUAAAUCACCUAUUAUUGAUCACUUGAUUUUUAUCUAUUGUCUCUGUGAAAACGAAGAUUAACAACAUACAGGUUUUCAGAGAUGCCUGGGCAUGGCUUGGGAAGUGAGAGAUCUCCUCUCUUAAACAGAGAGGGGAGAAAGAGAAAUGAUACCCUGGAAAAUGGUCAUUUGACAGACCUUGAGCAUGGUGAUGCAGUACCGGCUGCCAAUGUGGGGUUCUGUAGAGUUAUUUCACUUGCAAAGCCUGAUACUGGAAAUUUGAUUAUAGCUACGUUUGCUCUUCUGAUUGCAUCCACAUCAAGUUUACUGAUUCCAAAAUUUGGUGGAAAAAUAAUUGACAUCGUGUCGGGAGAUAUGCAAACACCUGAACAGAAAGCACAAGCUUGGACUGCAGUGACGAACACCAUACUAUAUAUAUUUGUGAUUGUUAUAGUAGGUUCUGUUUGCACGGCACUUAGAGCAUGGUUAUUUUCUUCUGCAAGCGAAAGGGUCGUUGCUCGAUUGAGAAAGAACUUGUUUGGUCACCUCCUACACCAAGAAAUAGCCUUCUAUGAUGUUACUCGAACUGGGGAACUCCUAAGUAGGCUAUCUGAAGACACUCAGAUCAUAAAAAAUGCUGCAACUACCAAUCUCUCCGAGGCCCUAAAAAAUCUGUCUACUGCAUUUAUUGGUCUUGGCUUUAUGUUUGCGACAUCAUGGAAGUUAACAUUGUUGGCUUUGGCUGUGGUUCCGGCCAUUUCUGUUGCUGUACGUAAAUUUGGUCGCUUUCUUCGAGAACUUUCUCACAAGACUCAAGCUGCAGCUGCAGUAGCUGCCUCGAUUGCGGAGGAAACUUUUGGUGCCAUACGCACAGUGAGAGCUUUUGCUCAGGAAGAAUAUGAGAUUUCACGCUACUCGGAGAAAGUUGACGAGACAUUGAUGCUUGGACUUAAACAAGCUAAAGUAGUUGGCCUCUUCUUUGGGGGUGUGAAUGCAGCAUCAACACUGUCAGUUAUCAUAGUGGUGAUAUAUGGAGCUAAUCUGACGAUCGCAGGGACCAUGACCCCUGGUGCUCUUACAUCAUUCAUUCUUUAUAGCCUCACGGUUGGAUCAUCUGUUUCUGGACUGUCUGGAUUAUAUACAGUGGCAAUGAAAGCUGCAGGAGCCAGCAGGAGGGUUUUUCAGAUUCUUGACCGUGUCUCAUCCAUGCCAAAAUCAGGAAAUAAGUGUCCUUUGGGCGACCAAGAUGCUGAAGUGGAGUUAGAUGAUGUUUGGUUUUCCUACCCUUCACGCCCCAGCCAUACGGUACUCAAGGGAAUAACGUUAAAACUGCAUCCUGGUUCAAAGGUUGCUUUGGUUGGCCCGAGUGGUGGUGGAAAGACCACAAUAGCAAACUUGAUUGAAAGGUUCUAUGACCCUAUCAAGGGAAAGAUUAUGCUCAAUGGGGUUCCUCUAGUAGAAAUAUCACAUGAACAUCUACACAAAAAGAUCAGUAUAGUGAGCCAGGAGCCAACCCUGUUCAACUGUUCGAUAGAGGAGAAUAUUGCCUAUGGAUUGGAUUCCAAAGCAAGCAUUACUGAUAUUGAAAAUGCAGCUAAAAUGGCUAAUGCCGAUGAAUUCAUUUCCAAAUUCCCGGACAAAUAUCAAACAUAUGUGGGAGAACGUGGCGUAAGGCUUUCAGGCGGUCAGAAACAGAGAGUAGCAAUUGCAAGGGCUCUACUGAUGAACCCAAGGAUUCUUCUCUUAGAUGAAGCCACAAGUGCACUGGAUGCUGAAAGUGAAUACCUAGUUCAGGAUGCCAUGGAUUCACUGAUGAAGGGCAGGACUGUUCUAGUCAUUGCACACAGGCUUUCCACCGUGAAGAGUGCAGACGUAGUCGCAGUUGUUUCUGAUGGUCAGAUAGUUGAAAGUGGCACUCACGACGAGCUCCUUAGCAAGAAUGGCGUCUAUACUGCAUUGGUGAGGAGGCAGUUACAAGGACACAAAACAGAAAGCUAGUUUUGUCCUGCUAGUUUUGUAAAUGGAAUCCAUUCCAAUGAUGAAAUUGGUAUGUUGUCACUUUAUUCUGCAUUGACACGAACUUAUCCAUUCUCAAGUCCAAAUGUGAAAAAGAAAUUCUAUCUC